AUCCCUGAGCCAAUCACAGAGGCCAGAGGGUAGAGUGCUCUGAUUGGCAGGGCCGGGUCAUUUACCCAUCCCUGAGCCAAUCACAGAGGCCCUUUGGCCAGGACUUUGCCCUUGACUGGACUGGAAAUUGUGCCGCUCCCCAAGACAGGUGCUGUGUUCUGCUCUCUGACCAGUUGGCCCUUGUUCCCUUUUCCUUCCUCAGCGAGCCCGGAAUACGUCCGCCCCAGGGAGCCGUGGGGAGCUGAGACCCCAGGACAUGGACCGAGUGACCAGAUACCCCAUCUUCAGCAUCCCUCACUCGCCUCGCCUGGCUGGCCUGGACCCCGAUGGGGACACCAGCUACACGUUUGAGGUGGUGGAUGUGGGGCCGGCAGCCAGGGGCUGGGGCCAGGACAAGCCACAGGCGUGGCCGGCUUACAGAGAAGCCCAGCUAAAUGCGUCCAGGACUGGGGCGUCCUACAGCCAACGUGCCUUCCCGGGCCGGUCACCCCCGUGGAUGCUCUCCUUCCGGGAGGGUGACAAGGAUGAGGAAGUGAAGGCCUGCCGCCUGGACGCCGGGGACACCCAGCCUCGGCGGCCACGGGACCUGGAGAAGGAGCGCUGGGCGGUCAUCCAGCACCAGGCCCUCAGGAAGAACAGCACGGUGGCCACGCUCCACGGCACCCCUGGCCACCUGGACCCCAGGAGCCCCGGCCAACCUCAGCCUGGGCCCCUGGAGGAGAGCGCCGUGGACAGGGAGCAGAUCGACUUCCUGGCAGCGAAGCAGCAGUUCCUGAGUCUGGAGCAGGCCAAUGCAGGGGGCCCUCUGCACCCUCCGGCUCAGGUGGCCCCUGCCCGUGCCCCACCGGGGCUCAGUCAGGCCCCCAAGGCCUCAAGUGGGCUGCUCUUGGCCAAUGGGUGUGAUGUCCCGCUGAAGCCCCAGGAGAGGGAGGUGCUCCUUCGAGAGAAGAGGGUCUGUGGCCUUCCGGCUGUAUCUGGCGCCCAGGCUGCGGAUGACCCCGGCUCCCGUUCCCAAGUGGGGUCCCUGGAGCUCCCUAAGGAGACCCCCAUCGAGCGGGAGAUCCGGCUGGCCCAGGAGCGGGAAGCGGACCUGCGAGAGCAGAGGGGGCUACGGCGGGAGAACAGCCAGCAGGAGCUGGUGGAGAUACCCAGCAGGCCCCUGCUGACCAAGGUGAGCCUGACAGCGGCCCCAUGGCGGGACCGAGGGCGCCCGUCACUCUACAUGCAGCGGGACGUGGCGCAGGAGACGCAGCGCGAGGAGGACCACCGGUGGCGGGAGGGCCUGCAGGCCACGCCCAACAGGCUCUCCUGGGCUCCCCAGUCUGGGCUCAGGAGAGCCUUUAGCUCAGACUCCAUCCUGGACCUGGCCUCAGACAGCAGCGCGGCUGACCCUGCCCCAGAGGUGAGGAAGGUGGGCCGCCUCCCGGCGGAUGCCUACCAGCCGUACCUGCGUCCUGGGAGCCCCCGGCUGGACUUCGAAGCCUUCCACACGCAUGGCAAGCUCCGUGGUCUCUCUACGGAUGAGGCCAAGGCUGCGGGCUCUCCAAGGGCCACAGGGUCUCUGAGGCAUCUCUUGGAAUCCUCUGGAAACCCCCCAGGCAUGAAGCCGGAGUGCCCCAAGCCGCCCCAGGGGCGCCCACAAGCCCACGGAGGUGUCAUUCAGUGGGAGUAUUUCCACCUGAGCCCCUUGCGGUUCAGGGUCCCAGAUGUGCCCCCGCGGGCCGAGGGCCCCCGCGCCCGAGGCUGGGAGGUGGGGGGGACCCUGGCAUCGAGGCUGCAAAGGUCCCAGUCGUCAGAGCUGCUGGAGAGGGAGGUGGAGAGCGUCCUGCAGCGCGAGCAGGAGGUGGCCGAGGAGCGGCGGAAUGCACUGUUCCCUGAGGUUUUCUCCCCACCACCUACGGAGGACAAUGACGGCAGUGACCAGGACUCCAGGGGCUCCUCCGCAGCCUCGGGCAUCGUGGGCAGCUACUCGGUGACCGAGUCCCACUUCUUCAGCCCCAUCCACCUGCACUCAGGCCUGGUGUGGACGGCGGAGGCCCCUGCCGAGGCUGCUCCUGAGCGGAGGAAAAAGAGGGAGCAGCAGUAUGCCACCAUCAAGUCCUUAGACCACAUCGACUCAGAGGUCCUGGAAGCCACGCGAGUGACCCACCACAAGAAUGCCAUGGCGAGGCGCUGGGAAGCUGGUAUCUACACCAGUGAGAGCCAGGACUGAGCCAGGGGACGGGGCACCCUUGCCCCCUCCCUGCCUGGUCGGAGCUGCUGAGACUGUCCGCAGGCCCCCCUGCCCCUCAGGGCGCAGGUCCCUGUUGAAACGCAGCACCGGACAACCACGGAUCACGUGCCACCAAUCCCAAAGGUGGACGCGUUUUCAGACGGGAGAGUUUUCUUUGCUGUUCUUAUCUUCCUGGGGAAAUUGUUCUGCUUUCUGUCUAAAGCUCGGGAUGAAUCGGGCCUCUGUCGACUCAACUCUGCUUCUGAGGCUUUGCCGAACACCCUCGGGCCCAGAAAGGGGGGAGACCGGCUCCCCCGGCCGCAGAUGUGACUGUGCCUGCUAGUCCGAGGGUGGAGGGGCUGCUUAGGACAGAGGCUCGGUCCUGGCCCGUGAGGAGCCUCAGGUCUGAGGGGGAGCACCCAGUUUCAGGGUCUCUGUGCCACCCACCCCGGAGCCCCACCCCUGUGGCACGCCCGGCAAAUCCCGGGCAUCUGGGGCCCCGUGGGGACGGCCCCGCACCUGGUGGCGAAACGGCCCGAUUUAGGGGCUGAAAGGGGCCGUCUGCUCCAGCCCCAAACUCCCCAACUGUGCCCACCGUGAAAUAACGCUGGAAGGGGCGGCCGGCCUGUCCCGGCCGCCAGGUCCACCCCAGCCGCCUCGCUUGUCGAGGGGCUGAGGCCACCGGGCCCCUGCACCGCCCGCCCCGCGGCAUCAGCCACGGCAAUCACGCGCCGCACGCGUGACCCUCCUGGUGGGGGGGGGGGGGCGUCACUUCGGUUCUGUGUGUGUGCCGGGCUCACUCCUGGGGGACGUGUCAUUCUGGGCAAGGCUGUGGGCGCUGGAUCCCAACCCUAACCAUGCUACCGCCCUCUGUGUAGCCUCGGGGCUCCCCAGAGCGCCCGUGCCUCGGUUUCCCCUCCACACACAGGGACAGCGCUGGGACCCACCUCCUGCGGGUGAGACGCGCUCUAACUCGGCGCCUCAGCCUCCAGGCCCUCCCGCCACCCCUCUCCGCAGCUGCUGCAGGGAAAACCGAGGCAGCUAUUUCAAGAAACCCGUCCUGGAGACUGCCCACGCGGGCUGGGGGGCAGGCAAGGGCCUGAAAUA